AACGUAAUUCUUCUUCUUCUCUCUCUCUGUUUCGUUUCUUACAUACUUUAUCAAUAAUUUGAUAUGUGUUCAGCUAGAAAUCCUAAUCAUAGGAACUUUGUAGUUGAAGGGGUACUUAUCCAAAAGUUUCGAAAUUUGAUACUUGGGCAGGUGGAAAUGUUGAAAGUCACACCUUUCGUGUCUAUUUUAGUGAGUGUUUUUAUUCGCCUACCACUCUUUUGCUACUUCCUUCCUGCUACUAUUGGCUUAUGUGUAUGGCUGUGUAUUAAUCUCGAUGUGUUGGUUGAUAUUUUGGAACUCUCCUCUGAUGGUGGGCUACAAGCAGUAGCACAACGCUCGCUUAGUGACGUUGAGAUUGAGCUACGAGAGAUGAGGCUGAGUUUGUUGAUGGGGAUUGAAAAGAGGAAGCUAGCAGAAGAAGCUCAGAGCAUGCAACAACAGUGGCAAAUUCUACGAGAGAAGUUAGGGGCUGUUGGAUUGGUACUUCCAGCAGAUCUCACUACUUUAGCGGAGGAAAUUGGUUACCGUCUAUUUUUUCAAAUUCAAGUUCUAAUCGGAACUCAACUGGGAAGAACCAGCUGGUGCAGGGGGCCCAAAUGCUGAGCGUUAUAUCAUUGAUGCUCGUGCUGCUGUUGUAGAGCGACGAGCAGUUGUUAGCCGGGAAAGACUUAUCCUUUCUCAUUGCCUUGUUCUGUCUGUUCUGGUUGUGCGGACAAGGACCUGCUCUCGACCUCUGAUGGUUGGAUCUUGCCACCAACAAAAAAACUAACAAUUGGAGGCCCAUAUAUAGGCCAAUAAGUCAGGGAAUUGCAUUUUAAGUUCCUUAAGAAUGUUUGCUAUAUAAUAUAUGCUCCCCCCCCCCUUACUGGUGGGUAAGUUCGUAGUUGUGGUAACGCUGGUGGAAGGGGUGGAGGGGUUCUUUCUGGCUCUUUUUAGGUCAGAUGAAGGAUGGCAAGGAUGGCUGUGUUGAGUAUUGGGUAGGCCAGUGGAGGAGUAAGGUUAAGUGUGGUUGUUCAUGGAGUGCGGGCAGAAGAGAGGGAGAUCUGGGAUUUUGACUAAUUUGUUCAAUUUACAAGAUAUUGGCAAGAAUUAGUCCAUGAGUCACACUCCUCCUCCAGUAUGUUGCCCAGCAACUUGAACAACGAAGGCUGGUUUGUUUCUAGGGGAUUUAGUGUCGUUCACUGUUGGUGGCUGGUAAUGGGGGAUUUGGGAUCAGAAGUGUCUGUGACAAGAGUUCUAUUAUUUGUUAUUAUUUUUCCUUUAGUUUGAUUUUUCUAAGAAACCCGAUAUCAAUCAACAACAUUCAGAUACAUUAUUUAAUGGAAGAACCAAAAUGCUCACCCUGCUCUCUAGGUUCUCAACUGUUGUGACCAGUUUGGAACCCCUGGCUAGAUUUGGUCAUAUGUCUCUAGGAGUUAAUGUUCUUUUCUUCUUUAUGUUAAAUUUUUUAACUUCUAUUAUUUCGUUGUUACUUUUAAUUUAGUUUGCCAAUCAUAGUUGGUCUAUUUGUCCUAUUAGCUGAUUUAC